GUCACACAACGGGUACUAGACACUCACCCCAUGUUGCGUCUUUGCAUAUCGGGCCGAGCUGUCCGCCUUGCUUCGUGCUUUAAGACCACUCUGCGGGCAGGCAUGUCGGGCUCACCUACCCCACCUCCCUCAGCUGAGGCUUCGGGUUCCGGGGGGUGUUUCCCUCCUGGAUACAAACCAUUUAAACCCGAGGACCACGGCUUGGAACGCGGGUUCCGUCUUACGUCUUACUCUGAGUUGAAGGGAUGAGGAUGCAAGGUCCCGCAGGAGGUUCUGCUCAAACUCCUCGCGGGACUGGAGACGGACCGAGGCGAUGGACCGGGCAAGGCUGGAGACCAGGGUUCUGAGUUCGGCCAACAGUUGCCUGGACCCCGGCUUGGUAUUGGGAUGGACAGUUGUGUGACUCCAUUGAGGCAUGGAGGUCUCUCUCUGGUCCAGACCACUGAUUUCUUCUACCCUCUGGUAGAAGAUCCAUAUAUGAUGGGAAGGAUAGCGUGUGCGAACGUCCUCAGUGACCUCUACGCCAUGGGCAUCACGGAGUGCGACAACAUGCUGAUGCUGCUGAGCCUCAGUCAGAAGAUGAAUGAAAAGGAUCGAGAGCGAGUGACACCGCUGAUGAUCAAAGGUUUCCGGGACGCAGCGGAGGAGGGAGGGACGUCGGUGACGGGGGGCCAGACGGUGAUCAACCCCUGGAUCAUCGUUGGGGGUGUAGCGUCAGUCGUCUGCCAGCCCAAUGAGUUCAUCAUGCCUGACGGCGCGGUACCAGGUGACGUCCUGGUUCUGACCAAACCUCUGGGGACCCGAGUGGCUGUAAACGCCCACCAGUGGCUCGAUCAGCCUGAAAAGUGGAACAGGAUCAAACUUGUUAUCACCAAAGAGGAGGUCAAAGAGGCUUAUUAUGAAGCCAUGUUCUCCAUGGCAACGCUAAACCGAACAGCGGCGAGUCUAAUGCACAAGUACCAGGCUCACGCCGCCACGGAUGUGACCGGUUUCGGUUUGCUGGGUCACGCCAACAACCUGGCAGAGCAGCAGAAAAACGAGGUGGCCUUCGUUAUCCACAAUCUGCCCAUCAUAGCCAAGAUGAGUGCCAUCAGUAAGGCCUGUGGGAACCUGUUCAACCUGCUGCAGGGCAGAUCGGCAGAGACCUCCGGUGGGCUGCUGGUGUGUUUACCCAGAGAGCAGGCGGCCAAGUUCUGUUCAGAGAUGAAGAGCCUCAACUCGGCUCAGGGCGCCUCAAACGGAGCCUGGAUCAUCGGCAUCGUGGAAAAAGGCGACCGGCGGGCGCGCAUCAUCGACAAGCCACGCAUCAUCGAGGUGCCGGCCCGAGGAAGCCAGGCGGCCAAUCAAGAUAACAGCACCGCCAACCCCGACCCGAGCAGCAAUUUGGCUUAGACAGCGCUGCUGCAAUCUCUGACACUACCCUGGAGUGCGUGUGUGUGUGUGUGUGUGUGUGUGUGUGUGGGCGUGUUUGUGUUUAUAUGAAAUUGUUCAUCUAACUGGUGAAAGGUUAUGAACCAAAACGGCCCUGAUCUGUUGGAACGAGACGACUUCUACCUUUGACAUGAUCAACUCUGGGUUCUUUCUAACCCCAUUCCUUUGCUUUCUAGCAGAACACCUCUUGUUUCCAUUAUGUCUUAAUCUGUUUUAUUUAAUUUUGGGAAUGUAUUCGGAUGGGAUGUUGUUAAACGAGCGAUGUGGAAAAUCGACAGACUAAUCCUGGCACCUGGUUCUGUCCGCUGUGCUCACUGGAAGGCUUGAGCAGCUUCCUCAGAACAGCUGGGUAGAGUCCAGGAUGGCCGUCCAUCAGAGUCCUUUCCUCUCUUCCCGUUUUAUGAAGCUCUGCAUAUUAAACCCGAAGCACAGGGCCAGGCAGAGCGGAUGUUACUGUUGGAUUAGAGGAGGGACUGAAUCUGCUGGAGGUUUAAAGCUGUUUGUCUGUGGAUUUAUCUGCAUUUCAUACUCAAUAAAACCACCAAAACUCUG